CUUACCUCUCAUUGCUAUAGACCAACCACCCAGAGGCAGAACUACUACAUACAGUCAUUUGGAUUUCGAAGUACUAAGCUAGUAAUAGUCAAAGUAGUCCAAGUCCGUACCAUGGCCUCCCAUUGAGGAUUGGGGCUGUGCCACCGUGAACAGCAUUGGAGGUGACCCUGUGUCCCUGGGCUCCUAUUAGUGGUCGUAUCCCCCUCGAGAUUCCGCGACAUUGGACCCGUCCCACCCUAGAGGGUGGAGGACCUCGCUCAAGCUGGACAAGCUUCCCGAGUAUCUCCGCGACACUGUCGAGUGGUUCAUGGGCAAGACCCGUGGACGACGCAGUGAUCGUUCAGAUGGAACCGAGCAAAAGUUGUACUUGCAAUUGCCUCUCCUCGAGAUGCGAGUGCCUGAGCCAGACCUCAUUUUUCUGACCGAUCUCCCGGGAGGAUUGGACUCUAAGGAGUGGAUAGCCUCUCACACUAUUGGCUUCUUCGAGCACAUCAAUCUCAUGUAUGGAACGGUCUCUGAGUUUUGUACACCGUCCACUUGUCCGGAUAUGACGGGGCCGGGUAAUAGAACACAAACGGGGCCUCGUUAUGACCUCGUUGCUUUCAUUUCCAGACAAUAUCAUUGGAUCGAUGAUAAAGGGAAAAAAGCGCGAUUGUCCGCUCCACAAUAUAUUGACUACAUAAUGACUUACGCGCAAAAGAGUAUCAACGAUGACACGAUAUUCCCCACCAAACACGGCCUAGAAUUUCCCGCCACGUUCGAGUCCCAUGUGAAGAAGAUCCACAAGCUUUUGUUCCACGUGUUGGCACACAUUUAUCACAUGCAUUUCAAGGAAGUGGUGCUGCUUCAGCUCCACGCCCAUCUCAAUGCUGUAUUUGCCCAUUUCGUCGAGUUUAACUUGAGGUUCCAUAUGGUCGAGGACAAAGAACUUGAGGUUCUCGAUGACCUUAUGGUUGCGUUAAAGCUCACUCCUCCCAAGCAAAGUGGAAGCAACGGAACUUUGAGUGCGGUUACCGCAGGAACGGCAGAUUCUUCAAUUACAGACGAAGAGAACAAGGAGAACAUCGGGGAGUCCCAACCCAUGACCACGACAUCCGGCUCAACCACUGGUGAAGUGAUCUGCAGUCAACCCUUGUCUCAAUUUCCGCCGGUAGAACCAGGUGGAACGAGCUCCGAACCCCAAUCCAAUAAGUCAGACCCGCCCUCUAGUCAAGUGGAUGUUGAGAUGUCGGCCGAUGAGGUGUCGGCCUCACCAUCGUCCUAAGAGGAUACAAUUAGCCAAUAGGAGGAAUCCCAUCUUAAAUCCGGGUUUCUAUGGAAUCCGUCGCCUGCCAAAUGAUUCAUUUAUUUCGCUUAUUAUUAUACCUUUCACAGUUCCAAAAUUUUCGGGGAAAAUUGAAUGAGAAUGCAUUCCAGAACUCGAUACUGCAGAUGAUCCAUUUCGUGUCAGACCGUCUUUGAGUUUAUCCUCUUCGGGUAUACAUGGCUUUAUUAUUCCUCUUCUUUCUCAUCCCAAUCUGUUUAGUCACAAGCCUCAAUUGUACAAUUUCUGUCUUCUUGAAGAUUCGGUUCUUAUUAGCUUUAUUGGUUGAUUUUCACAAUCUUCCUCAAUGUUUGACGCAUACUUUUUCACAUCAUAUUUAUUUAUUGACGCUCUUGCUUACCACGAUCUAACAUGAUUGCACUCCCAUUACCGUUAUUGCCAUUCUUGUCGCGAACCACCUGGAAGAAAUGUCGCUUCGAGCGUAGUCUUUAUGGAUUAGUCUGAAAAAUAAUUCAUUCAAUAAACAGUGGUUACUUAUUCAUUUAA